UACAUUUCCACCAAACAAGUGCACAUGAUAGUUCCGUCAUAAAAUGUUUUCGUUAUCUGGCCGGAAAAUAGAUAAAUGAUAUUUUUAGUUUUAUUGUCUGUGACAUUAAUUGCUUGAAGCUUCAGAUUACUUUGUGACCCCGUUGCAUUCGCAACAAUGGUAUCUGCUACUUAUCCAAGGGGAAAAUUUACCCCGGUCGAUCCACCUCAAGAAAAUAAUGUUAUUCAUGUGCUUCAUGAAUCUGAAGAGAUAAAUCAAAGAAUUAAAUCUAGACUUAUUUAUUAUAUAAUAGCCAUAAGUAGCAUACUUUUCUUCGGAUUUUGUGUUACCUAUUACUAUCAGAGGAAUCAUAUUCUACUUUUCUGCCGAGUUUCUGAUCCUGGUACGAAAGUUAACGCUACUUGUUCCGGUAUUCCAGAUAUCGAAAAAUUUGAUUGUUUUCCUGAUUAUCCAGUUUCCGAAAAAGAGUGUCUAAAUCGUGGUUGCUGUUAUCAUCCCGUUUCUGCUCAUAAUGAUUCUGUAAAUCCUCUGAAUGUUCCUUAUUGCUAUUACCCAUCCGAUUAUAAUGGAUAUUCAAUCUACAGUUCAUCUCAUGAUGGGCGGCACAUAAGGGCGAGAUUAAGAAGAAACACUCCAUCUGGAUUUCCUAAAGAUGCCUCGGAUUUACUUUUACUUAUUACUUUAUUGGAUAAUAAUUCACUCAGAAUUAAGAUAACUGAUUCUAGUGCCACUCGUUUUGAAGUUCCUAUUUACAUAAAUGCUGAUUUAAAAGAUAUUACAGAACCUUUAUAUUCUAUAGAUAUAGAUUCACAAAGUAACUUGUUUGUGACGCGCAAAUCCACUGGCACUGUUAUUUUCAAAACAAGGCUGCCACAACUGGUUUACUCUGAUCAGUUUUUACAACUGUCUAGUCGACUGCCCUCUCCUAAUUUGUAUGGUAUUGGAGAAAAGUAUGGACCUAUGCUGAGAGAUGUUAAUUGGACAAGAAUCACUUUAUUUAAUUCUGACCAAGAACCUAUUCCAAAUUAUCCACUGUAUGGAAGUCAACCAUUUUAUUUAUCCUUGGAGCCAAAGGGAUAUGCUAAUGGAGUGUUCCUUCUCAAUAGCAAUGCAAUGGACGUUAUUCUUCAACCAACACCUGCUAUUACAUUCCGUCCAAUUGGAGGAGUUUUGGAUUUCUUUAUUUUCCUUGGUCCUUCUCCAGAUAAUGUUGUGCAACAAUAUACCAAUGUUAUUGGUAGAACUUUCUUGCCUCCCUAUUGGAGUUUAGGUUUUCAUCUUUGUCGCUAUGGGUAUAACUCACUGAAUAAAACGAAAGAAACACUUCAACGAAAUAUAGACUAUGGAAUUCCUAUUGAUGUUCAGUGGAAUGACAUUGACUAUAUGGAAAGGUAUAAAGACUUCACUUAUGAUAAAGUACAGUUUGCUGGAUUGCCUGAAUUUGUUGAUGAACUCCAUAAGAAUGGAAUGCAUUAUGUGAUAAUGACAGAUCCUGGCAUAAGCAAUUCUGAACAACCCGGAACCUAUGCUCCAUAUGAUGAAGGUGUUAAGGAUGAUAUUUUCAUUAAAAACCCUAAUGGCAGUAUAUUUGUUGGAAAGGUUUGGAAUGAUGGUAAUACAGUUUUCCCUGAUUUUAGUCAUCCUAGUGCUACAGCAUAUUGGACAAGGCAGUUCCAAAAUUUUUAUGGAAAAGUCAAGUUUGAUGGUGUGUGGAUAGACAUGAAUGAGCCUUCAAACUUUGUAGAUGGAGGUAUAGAUGGCUGUAUGGAGUCAACUUUUGAAGAUCCUCCUUAUUUGCCUGGAACUGGUGAGAAGCUUCGUCACAAAACUGCCUGCAUGACUGCUAAACAUUACAAAACAAUUCAUUACAAUGAACACAACUUACUAGGCUAUAGAGAAGCCAUGGCUACUAAUCAAGCUUUGAGAAGUGUACGCAAGAAGAGACCUUUCAUAAUAUCCAGAGCUACCUUUGCUGGACAGGGCGUCCACAGUGGACACUGGAGUGGAGACAUUGCAUCAACUUGGGAAGAUAUGAGAUACACCAUUCCUUCUACUAUAAACUUCAAUCUUUAUGGAAUGUCAAUGAUUGGCUCUGACAUUUGUGGAUUCAAUGGAAACACUACCGCUGAAUUGUGUGCUAGGUGGCAAGCUUUGGGUGCAUUUUAUCCAUUCUCCAGAAACCACAAUGAGAGGGUGACCAUUGAACAAGAUCCGGCAGCACUUGGUCCCACAGUUAUAGAAGCAACAAGAAAUGCAUUAACUCAGCGAUACUUUAUAUUGCCUUAUUUGUAUACUUUAUUCUACCGCAGCCAUGCUUAUGGAGAGACUGUUGUGAGACCCACCUUUUUUGAAUUUCCUGAUGAUAUAAAUACUUACAAUCAAGAUGAAGUGUUUUUAUGGGGUCCAGGUUUAAUGAUUAUACCAGCCCUUUAUCCUGAGGUUAUUAAUGUUACAGCAUACUUACCUGAAAGUGUGUGGUAUAUAGGUGGGCUAACUCCUGAAAUGAUUCUGAGUAAAGGUGAAAACCACACUUUCAGAAUUGAUAAUGUUACUAUUAUAAUAGGUGUGAGGGGUGGUUACAUUUUACCUGCUCAGCGUGAUUCUUCUACGACUACUAAAAGUCGUCAAAAUCCCUUUGUUUUAUGUGUUGUUUUGAAUCAAAAUGGAGAAUCUGAGGGAGAACUAUACUGGGAUGAUGGUGAUUCUUUAGAAACUUUUGAGAAUGGGGAAUACAAUCUCCUCCAUUUUUCAGCUUCCAAGAAUGUUCUACGAAAUGAAAUAAUUAGGGACAAAUAUGAAGAUAAUAUGAUGCUUUACAAUAUUCAAAUACUGGGAAUGAACUCACCGCCUACAAAAGUGUCUUUCAAUGGUACUGACUGCAUGAAGAAGAGCCUGUCUGAAGAUGUACCAAAUGAGUCUGCUCAUAGAAAACUUUUUUGGCUGACUAAGCAUUCUCUUCCAAAGGAUGCAGAAUGUGUCUAUUCUCCUAUGUUUCCCAAUGGCAUAUCUGUUGGUUUAAAUCCUGUUGCUAAUCUCUUACAACCUUUCAACCUGACGUGGCAUUAAACAGCUUGCAGUGCAUGUAGUUAUCUUUUAAGAGAAAAAUGAAGUGCCUAGAGAAAAAGAAUUUUUUUUACAUUUCCAUUCUACUUGUUUUAUGAAUUUUUUAAUUAACUACAUUUCUGUACCCAUUAUGAAAAGUGAUUGAUUAUUAUUUUAAAUGUUUUUAAUAAGUAUCUCAUUUUUCUAGUUUUAGCACACACUAAAUAGUAUUUUUAACGAUGGUGUGAAACUCAUGGACUAUUGAUAUAUUCAAUGCUAAUUUUAUCCAAAGCAUGUAAAUCUGUGUUAUGUGUAACAUUAUUAAUGAAUAUUAUAAAUGAAUAAAAUUUAUGUUGAAUAUUCAA